AUGCAGCUGCGUUGGGCCUCUCGGGCUUUUCAACGUGCUCGAACGCACACUUACUCUAAAAUUAGUGGGGCCGACCGGCGUUCUUGCUACCUUGGGAGCCUGACCCAUACUAUUUCGUCGACGACUUCACUGCGUCGUUCACGCUUCAUCGGUCCUCUCCGUCGUUUGCUUGCUGUCGCAUUGCCUACAGUUCCUGGCUUACGUGUUGCUGGCAUUGCAAGAGGUGGCAAUGACAGAAGAUUUUGUAACGCGAUCCCGCAAAACUCCUCCAAGCGACCCAGUUCUGAUAGUUCUAAAAUUGGACAGGCCAGACAGGUCACGGGCUCUGGCUCCUCAGUUAACCUAAUUCCUCCCUUCUCAACCGCACAGUCUUCCUUUCCCAGGCCACAUGGCUCUCCGCCUCCUUCGCCAAAGCACCUCAAACGAUCUGUUACAUCUACGCGAAGUUGUUCUCCUCUCUCUGAUACUCGAUGGCGACAAACCGAACCUACAUCAGUUGCGGCCACAGCUGAGGAUGCAUUGCUUGAAGUCUGUUCACCACAUCUUAUCAGUAAGUAG